AUGUGGGCCUUUUUAUGUACAGACACAGAUGAAGAGAAUCGUAGUCUCAGGGAAAAGUUGGAUGUAAUCCAGGGCUACUGUCUAACAGUACAGAACAUACUAGAUCACCUGGCCUCACUUGGAGAGAGGGUUAAAAACACAUUUAACUGGUCUGUGCCAUGGUUGACCACCUUUGCUGUGAUAGUGCUGUUUAUAGCAACCAUCAUUCUUUACUACAUUCCACUGAGGCUGAUUAUUCUGGCCUGGGGUAUUAACAAGUUCACAAAGAAGUUACGGAAACCAAAUGCCAUUCCAAAUAAUGAACUAUUAGAUUUUCUGUCCAGAGUUCCCAAUGACAUAGAAUUGAUGGAGUUUAGAGAAUUUCCCUUGGAGAACUCCGAAAGUCCUCAACACACGAGUGGCAGAAAGAAGAGGGAAUGAAAGGCUCAGACGGAUAUUUUUGCUUCCGAAAAAAUGGUCCUUGGCUUCAUAUUUUUUGGUGUCUUCUGCUUCAUUACACAAAUUUAAUUGACAUUGAGCUAACUUAAUUGUCACAUUGCACUUGUUUGUGCUAUUUGGUGGAUUUUGAAACUUUUAGAAAUCAUAUGACAAUGGACUUACUCCAUUGGUAUGUAGUGUAUUUUCUAUGCAAUUAAUAAUUCCUUGUGCAUCAUGAUCUUUUGUGAUAUAUUUAUAGAUAUGGUGUUGAAAUUUUAUUAAUUCAUUUUUUUAGAAUAAUCAGUUGAGCACUGGUCAAAGCAGGCUUUGGAGUGUGAUUUAUCUGACCUUUGGGUUAGAGGUGCAUUUGAGUAUAGAUAACCUUGUUGUCUUCACACAAGGUGAAACUGCAAUGGAACUGAUAUUAUUUGUUUCAAAUUACAUUUUUUUACAUACAACUGCAAUUUUUCUUGUGUGCACAAGCCAUUAAUAACUUAUGAGGCAUAUAUCUCAAGGUUUUGGUAAGAGUUUUUUUUUUUUUUUUU